GACUCAUCGCGAUUAGGGAAAAUGGCUGACGAUCUGUCGAGACGUGUUUUGACAAUUUUGUUUGAUUGAUCCCAAUGUUCCACAAAGAGUUACGUUGCAUUGGUGGGCGCAAUCCCUACGACGGUGUCGUAGGCGCAGCGUCUCGGCCGUGACGUGUUUGCUGGGUUACACUUGUGUCGAGUGUCUGAGUCAUUCGGCUGACACGUUCGAACGUGUUUCGACCUGCCAGCAUCAAGAGGAAACUCUCGAGAGGCUGACACUGUUCUCCUUUUUUCUAAUAUCGCUCCCCAUGAGAUAUCUGAGGUGAUAAUGCAACAGGCUUGUUGUAUUCCCUGACGUGGCGCAUCUCCUGUGUGACCAGGUGGAUGUGGAAUCUGUAUAAAGAAAAAAAGAGUUGCUAAACGGUUGAGUUAUGCUGUAAAGAUCUGCGUCGUGUGUUCUCUGCAGUUACUGUGAUCGUCAUGGUGUAAACAGAGGGUCAUUAAGGCUAUAAAAUGCCUACCAUUCCAGCUAAUGAUGGGACAGCACUUUGCUAGUCUCAGAGAGUUCUUUAGAAUGGAUGGUGAACGACAGCCCACGGAGAUAUGCGCCAGUGCAUUUAGCCAGGCAUUGCCGUCGGAGAUGGUGAAUCGGGACAGCACUGACGGCUCGCCCGAGAACGAGGCUAACGGCAAUCUACCUGUUAUGAACUCUAACAUACUGCCCAACCGAGAAUGCAAGCCUGAGGGAAAUCUGGACAACGAUCGUUUGAACUUAGACUUAGACAACCAUAAUUCUAGAUUCGAAUCUUUAUAUAGUCAGCCUGUCGAGGCGCACGACACCAAGCAAGUUUGUAACAAUGGCAAUGUCGCCGGCGAGACGACGUACAGGCAGCAAGAGGCUUGCUGCAGCAGUUCGGGCGGUAGUAACAGCAGUAGCAGUUCCGAGGAUAGUCCCGUGAAUCCACCUUUGAGAAGAUCCUCUAAAACUUUAUCGUUCGGACGAAGAAAAAACAAACCGCGCAAUAAGGAUCAAAGCCCAGUCUGCAAUCAUGUUUUAACGUCGAAGAAGAAACGCAGCAACUGGGUGCUGAAAUUCAACUGCGCCAAGAGCAAAAGCUCCAAAAACACGGACAUUAUUCCCGGCCAAGGGAACAGCAAUUCGGACUGCGUAUGCACUGGUUAUAGGAGAACCGAGGAGCACCCUAUGGGUGCGGGCAUUGUAUUUAAUAGUCGUUCUGCGCCGCAGAGUCCCGUUCUCGGGCCUCUGCCACCUAGCCCCGUGAUCGAUUUAUCUCGAUUCAACCCCGAGGAGUUUCCUAUGGAAUUCUCUUCGUUUUUCUUGAAGGAUUGCGACGAACGAGCCCGAAUGCAACGCGCAAGGGAGAUGGAGGAGGGCGUCGAGCCGCCCCCCGGUUAUAGGCCUAAUUAUCCUUCGGGAAUCCAAGUUCAUCCUAAUGGAAUAACGGUGGACAGUUUGGCGGCAUUGUUCCAAGCACAUGCUGGUAUUCAAGCUGCCGCUCUCACAGCCUUAUCGCAGAUCGAUUUUACGUUAAUUCCGAAUAUCGAAAGGCCCGCACACACGCAGGUCGAUUAUGUGCAUUGUCUCGUACCUGACUUGAGAUCGAUCACGGCCUGCUCCUUUUACUGGGGCAAAAUGGAUCGUUACGAGGCGGAGCGCCUGUUGGAAGGCAAACAAGAGGGUACUUUUCUGUUACGAGACUCUGCGCAAGAGGAGUUCUUGUUUUCCGUGAGUUUUCGCAAAUAUGGGCGCUCGUUGCACGCACGGAUCGAGCAGUGGAAUCACAAGUUCAGCUUCGAUUCUCACGACCCAGGAGUUUACGCUUCCGAAACAGUAUGUGGUUUAAUCGAACAUUAUAAGGACCCUUCCUGCUGUAUGUUCUUCGAGCCAAUGCUCACUAUCCCGCUGCACCGGAACUUCGCGUUUCCGCUGCAGCAUUUGUGUCGAGCGGUGAUAACCACGCGGACGACGUACGAUGGCAUCAACAAAUUGCAAUUGCCAAAGACGCUUAAGAGCUAUCUUAAAGAGUACCAUUAUAAGCAGCGAGUGCGUGUCAGGCGGUUAGACACGGAGAACGAUCUACAGACGGACGGCAGAUCCAUAUCAUACUUACCCCUAAUAUGAGUCUUCGCGUAUAUUCGUAUUCAGUAGAAUUUAUUAUACGUUGCAUAAUUGAUUUCUUUAAUCUCCACACAUUUCGUACAGUCGCGUACCGCGCAACGCAUACGACGGCGGGUACCACCGUGCACAGCAUACUGUAAUUAAUGCCGAGAACCAUGACUCCGAUACAGUUACACAGACACGCGUCAUCGCAAUAUUAGCAAUAAAAACUAAAGGAAAAAGUAAAGCGUUGUACUCGUCUUAUGCGAUAAUAGAGGUCCGGGAGAGAAAACGACGUAGAUAUGUAAUUAAAAAGGAAAAAAAGCCAAGAAGAAGAAAUGGGACUUUUGUGCGAACAGGCGCCUACAUUUUUACUCGGAUGAAAUCUAGGAAUUCCAUAUGUAAAUACGUCAGAAACUGGCAGUGCUUCGCCAUACCACACGACGCGCGUACACGACAUAACACACACGUUGUAUCGCGAAAAACCGUUUACUGUAUUAUGUGAAACUUCAAUAUUAUUGCUAUUGUUCUUAUUAUUGCUACAAUUCUUUAUUCUCAUUUCUAUUUUAUUCCUUAGAUAACCACGUUAUCUCGUAUAAUCGCGUUAUUUCAGUACAUAUAUAUAAUUUUAUUUAAUGUUAAUUAAAGUUACGGGAUCAGUUUGUAUAUUGAUAGUUUUUAUAGGACGAUACCAAAACCUACGCUUGCGCGGCUGCAAUUUAGCGUUUAAUUAUUAAAAUUAUGGUAUUAUUGUCGGAUUAUCAACUUUUAUACGUAACUGGAAAAGUUACGAUCAUUACAAGAUCUGGUUCGUAUUACUCCUAUUGUGCCUAUUUAUAAUGUUAAAUAUUAUUAGAUAAAAGCUGUCUGUGUUGAUGUUCACCAUUGCCAGAUGCAAAAGUCUAUAAUUUGUGUAAAUCAUUUAAAUUUCGAAGAGAAGAGAAAAACGUAGGAAGAUAUCAAAUGCAAUGAACUGAAUUUGGAUUAACGAUACAAAUCAAUCAUUGAAUUGAUAAAUUUGCAAAUAUAUAAUAUUAUAGUAUGAAAUUGUUAAAAGUAUUGGUUAAUGGUUACUCGUAUAAUGAACUUCGUAUUAAAAAAUAAAAAUUGAAUAUUUAUUACGUGUA